CAUACCCCCAAAUAAAAUAAACAAGAAAUGGGCCAGCUGGUCAAGGCUGGUGUCCCAAUAACAUAAUGCGACGGUGUAACUUAGACAAUAUAAGAAUAUAUCAUAUUUUGGGCAUAUAGGUAACCAGAAGUACGUUGUUCAGUACGCUAUCAGCGCAACAUUGAAGUACAAACUGUGAAUUUCGGAUGUGAUGAGCUAAGGGCAUUCCAUGAUGGACAGUGAUCUAAGUCCUCAGGAUAAAAAAGACUUGGACAAGUUCAUAAAGUUUUUCGCUUUGAAGACAGUGCAGGUGAUAGUCCAAGCGCGACUUGGGGAAAAAGUAUGCACACGCUCCUUGUCUUCACCUACUGGCUCUGAUUGGUUCAAUCUGGCAAUCAAAGAUAUCCCAGAAGUUACACAUGAGGCAAAGAAAGCUCUGGCCGGGCAGCUUCCUGGCAUCGGACGAUCCAUGUGUGUUGAGAUCUCCCUCAAAACCUCAGAGGGAGACUCAAUGGAAUUAGAGACAUGGUGUCUCGAAAUGAACGAGAAGUGUGACAAAGAUAUUAAGGUGUCCUACACUGUCUAUAACCGCCUGUCAUUACUGCUCAAGUCACUGCUGGCCAUAACAAGGGUAACCCCAGCCUACAAACUCUCACGAAAGCAAGGGCAUGACUAUGUCAUACUGUACAGGAUAUAUUUUGGAGAGGUUCAACUCACAGGAUUGGGAGAAGGGUUCCAGACAGUGCGUGUAGGAGUUGUGGGAACUCCCAUUGGAACCAUCACCUUAUCUUGUGCUUACAGGACAAACCUGGCCUUCAUGUCCACCAGGCAGUUUGAGAGGACGGCUCCGAUUAUGGGUAUAAUUAUUGACCACUUCGUUGAGCGCCCCUUUGGCAACAUGGGACACAUGCAUCCAUGUAACUACAGAGCACCAGGGGAAGAUGAAGGAGCAUACACUGGGGUGGAGGAUUCUCAGGAAGUGUGCACCACCUCCUUCUCCACUUCUCCACCCUCACAAUGUGUGUUCACUGUAAGUAAGGCACAUUUAAAGACGCCUAAACCUGCAGUGAUGGACACUCUGAAAGUCCCCAUGAUGGGCCUGGCCUUCUCACACCAACUCUACUGCUCUCGUCUUUCUUAUCAGCCUCCUGUGGUUGUUGGAGCUGCUGACUUCUGCCCCCCCUCCACCUUAAACACUGCCAACCCACACCAGAUGGGAAUUCCAGGGAAGGAAGGGGGCGUACCCCAGCAGGUGCCUUUGCAGCCUUGUCAUGGUGCCCAGGCAGAGCAUGGACGAGUGUCCUCAUGCCCCCCUGCUGAUCAUGUUCCUGUCACGCCCUCCAGCAGUGGUGAGGAUGCAGAGACCUCGUCGAGGACCGUUGAGGUGAAGAGUACGUCUCCCUCUGAUGUACUGGAGACCACAUUCACCAGGAAAGUGGGUGCCUUUGUCAACAAGCCAGGCACACAGGUAACCACAGCAAGCCUGGAUUUACCAUUUGCAGCGUUUGCUCCCAGAGCCUAUGACCUCGAGGAAAAUGACCCUAUGGUUCAGCCACCGGAGUCCCCAGCCACGUUCCCCCUGCAGGGCAGUUUGCACUCCCAAGGCUCUGGUGAGAGUGGAGGUCCGGCACAGGAUGACUUUGUUAUGGUGGACUUUAAGCCUGCAUUCUCUAAGGAUGACCUCCUUCCCAUGGACCUUGGCACAUUCUACAGAGAGUUCCAGAACCCCCCACAGCUCGCCAGCCUCACUAUUGAUGUCAGUUCUCAGUCCAUGGCAGAAGACCUGGACUCUCUUCCUGAAAAACUGGCAGUAUACGAGAAGAACAUUGAUGAAUUUGAUGCAUUUGUGGACACAUUGCAGUAGGGAUGACAAAUUAUCCCAUUUAGUCCAUCUGCAAGGUCCUGUUGUCUUUCAAGCUUGUUUGCGUUCAGUCUGUGUAUGCCUG